AUGGCAUUUAUGUCGCUAUGCGGUACUAACGUUCAUUCUCAUACAUAUAGCUUGUUGGAUUGUACAAAACCAUCUGACAUGUAUCAUUGGCCUAAAUAUUGUCCUCCACUACCUACUCAGAUUCGAUUUCCACAAUGGAUGUUACCAUUAUUGAGUUCGCGUCGUACUACUGCCAUAGCAGUUAAAAGCAAUUUAAUACAAACUCAUGGGUUAUAUCAUCAGUGCCUUGAUCAAGCUACGACUAUCAUUUGUCAAUCGAUACCAUUUUGCUCUUCAGAUGGGAAAAGAUUACUUAGUGGUACAACAAAACAAGAUUGUAUAUCGAAAACUUCCUGUCUGACAGGUAUUGCGAAAUUACUAGUCAACGCAACACUUGAUUGUGGAUCAUUUCCAGACUCUGAGGCAAAACAAGAAUUGAUUGAAUCUGAUCAAGGCUAUGGUGAUUCCACUACAUUUAUUCUACCAGAAACAACUACAAAAAUUGUUUCUAGUAUCGGUACUACCGUUGACUCAAGUCAAAAGAAUAUUAAUGCUGCGCAGUCUUUUCUCGUUACGUCAGUUAACAGUCUAGUCGCUUUAAUUAGUAUGACUAUUAUAAUGAUUUUACACUAA